AUGAAGAUAGAUAUUAAUGCACUCCUAGCUUCUCAGCCAAUUCCUCCUCCUAUUCCUGCUCCGAAAAUUGCUCGUGUUGAUGAUGGUCCACCAACCAAAAAACUAGAAGACCUACCUGAGGAACCUUUGAUCCCUCCUCCCUUGGAAUUAUUCAUCACUCCAAUCGGUCAACAAGUCAUCUCAUCUACCAUCACACCAAAUCCUCUUGCCAAAUACAAUGGAAAAGGAAUCUCCUUGCUUUAUAAGACUCAAAGUAAGAUUGGUAAGGAAACUUAG